AUGCAAUACAACAUUAGAAAGCGAGAAAAUCAUCGCCAUGCGCUAGUAUCCGAGGUACCGCUUUGGAAUAAUGGCCUCACUUUCCACCAGCUCGGUCUCAUAUUGUGUGCGGCAUUCAGUCUGGUCGGAAUCGUUUCUUCUUUCUUCUUAGCGUUUAUGCAUGCGAUUCAUUACAGCAAACCGCGGGAGCAGCGUCAUAUCAUGCGAAUCUUGUUCAUGGUCCCCAUAUACUGCGCGGAGUCGUUUCUCUCGUUCUAUUUCUAUCAAAAGUCUGUCUACUUUGAAGUCCUCGGUUCAUGCUACGAAGCUUUCGCCCUUUCAUCCUUCUUCACGCUGCUCUGUCAUUACGCCGCACCCGAUUUGCAUAGUCAGAAGGACUACUUCCGUGGCAUUCGACCGAAGCCAUGGCUCUGGCCACUUAAUUGGCUUGCAAAAUGCUGCGGAGGGGAACGCGGAUGCUGGAGAACACCUCGAAGUGGCUUAACGUGGUUCAAUGUGAUUUGGAUCUCAAUUUACCAAUACUGCUUCAUUCGAGUCGCCAUGACCAUUGUUGCCGUUGUCACGGAGGCAUUCGGUAAAUACUGUGAGGCUUCUGUAAGCCCGGCGUUUGCCCACGUUUGGGUACUCGUGAUUGAAUCGAUAUCAGUCUCUAUCGCUAUGUAUUGCUUGAUCCAGUUUUACUUCCAGGUCCACAAGGAUAUGGCCCAGUACUCUCCUUUCUUGAAGGUCCUUGCUAUCAAGCUGGUUAUUUUCCUGUCUUUCUGGCAAUCCACAGUGAUUUCCUUCUUAUCGUCGGCUGGUGCCAUAAAAGUUUCGGAUAAAUUGGCAAAUCAGGACAUUCAAAUCGGUCUUUCGAAUCUGCUUCUCUGUAUUGAGAUGGCCAUCUUUGCAAUCUUGCACUUCUUUGCUUUCCCAUGGCAACCAUAUCGAUUGAAGAACCAGCAAGCUUCUGAAAAUCCUCAGUACAUCAAGGGACAAAUUGCCUAUCAUGGUGGCCCGUUGGGAAUCAAGGCCUUUAUCGAAUCAUUCAACCCAUGGGACUUGGUGAAAGCUACUGGACGAGGUUUCCGAUGGCUGUUUGUUGGUUAUAAAAAGCGUACCAACGAUAUUAGCUACAUGAACCGGGAUGAUUCGGCUUUCUCUCUUAAGGCAUCCGACGACCAUGACGCGCAGACAAGCAUACCAGGGCCCAAUGUGACCGCAUAUACAGGCCCGGCUGGUAUCAACACCGCAUAUCACCCCGCCAGCCAGUAUGAUCCAUAUGAUGAGGAGGGCCAAAAUCUCUUAUCACAUGCACAGGAUAAUCCACAUUCGAGGUAUCCGCCAGAAGCACCCUAUGAAGAAGAGUCCGGCAACCGCUACUAUAAUCAUAUAUAUAGCCAUGAUGACCCAUCCAUAGGUGAUCUCACGGCAGCCGAGCCACGACCCAUAUCUCCCAGGCCAUAUCAGCCAUAUCACCCGUCACGUAGCCCUUACGAAGGGGCAUGA